AUGUUGUCUGCCCUUCUAAUCCGAAAUAUAAGAAAUGCAAGCAAACUGGCAUCGGUAGCUGGUCCGAACGCCGAUCGAAUUGUGAAUGUGAAAUGGAGUAAUGGAAAAAUUGGAGAGUUCCCGUUGAUAUGGUUGCGUGAUACAUCUCCAGAUGCAGCCACGUAUACAAUUAGUCCAGCAAUGACUGCUCGUAAUCUAACAAUGUUGGAAUUUGAUGUGGAACAGAAAGCCAAGAAAUUAUGGAUUGAUGGAGAUGAAGAUUCUCUGAAAAUCGAAUGGGAAUCUGGUCUUUUGAGCACAUUCCCAUCAGAAUGGCUUCAGAUCCGGAACCCAUCAGAUCAAGAAGCAAAAAAGAGAAGAAGGAAGGUUUACCUGUUUCCGGAAGAGACUUGGGGAAAAGAGGAAAUUGAGAGAAAACUGAAAAGAUUCAGUCAUGAAGAGUUUAUGAAGAAUGACCGAGUAGUUCAUGACUUCCUUGAAGCGGUUUGUAUUGAUGGAAUUGCUGUUUUAAAAGGGGCUCCAAAAGGUGUUAGAGGAGCAGUUGAAGAUAUUGGUGAUCGAAUUGGAAUGAUCAAAAGAACACAUUUUGGAAUGGUAUUCGAAGUGAGCACGAAAGCGGACGCCUCCAACAUGGCCUACGCAUCCAACGGUGGACUUCCAUUCCACACUGAUUUCCCAUCUCUGUCUCAUCCACCACAGCUCCAAAUGCUUCACAUGCUACAAAGUGCGGAAGAAGGUGGAAAUAGUCUAUUUGUUGAUGGAUUCCAUGUCGCUGAACAGCUUCGAAAGGAGAAUCCAGAAGUCUUUCGACUCUUGACAACUCAUUCGAUGGAAUACAUUGAAGAAGGAUACGAUGUUCAUGAGAUUAAUGGAAAAACGUUCAGAUUUGAUUACGAUAUGUGUGCAAGACACAAAGUGAUUCGGUUGAAUGAUGAGGGAAAAGUCAACAAAAUUCAGUUUGGAAAUGCAAUGCGCAGUUGGUUUUAUGAUUGUGAGCCUGCGAAAGUCCAAGAUAUCUAUAGAGCCAUGAAAACCUUCACCGAACACUGUUAUCAACCAAGAAACGUUCUGAAAUUCCGUUUAGAAGACGGCGACACUGUCCUGUGGGCGAAUCAACGUCUUCUUCACACAAGAGAUGGAUUCAAGAAUGCACCAGGAAAGUCGAGAACUCUGACUGGAUGCUACUUCGAUUGGGAUAUUGUCAAGUCUCGUGUCCGUUAUUUGAGGGAUAAGCUCACAUUGGAACAGAAUCAACCAUCUGCCUAG